AUUGCAAAAGAAAAACAUGGGUACAACAUGGAACAGGCCCUUGGGAUGCUUUUUUGGCACAAACAUAACAUUGAGAAAUCUCUGGCAGAUUUACCUAACUUCACCCCCUUCCCAGAUGAAUGGACAGUUGAAGACAAAGUCUUGUUUGAACAGGCUUUCAGUUUCCACGGGAAAACUUUUCAUCGAAUUCAGCAAAUGCUUCCUGACAAAUCAAUAGCAAGCUUGGUGAAGUUUUACUACUCCUGGAAAAAGACUAGAACCAAAACAAGUGUCAUGGAUCGUCAUGCACGGAAGCAAAAAAGAGAAAGGGAGGAAAGUGAGGAUGAAAUGGAAGAAGCAAAUGGAAAUAACCCUAUUGACAUUGAGGUUGAACAAAACAAGGAGAGCAAAAAAGAGAUGCUUGAGGGAGGCAAUUUAAAAGCAACAAGGAAUCUUUCCUGGAAAAAAACAGCUAAGACAAAGCUAACUGGUCUACAGUUCUGUAAUCCUGUUCCCCCUGUGGAAACAAUUCCUCAGGUAAAGAAAGAAAAGCACAGUACCCAGGCUGCUAAGAACAGAGCCAAGAGGAAACCUCCCAAAGGAAUGUUUCUCUCUCAGGAAGAUGUGGAAGCCGUGUCUGCCAAUGCAACCGCUGCCACCACUUUGCUCAGGCAAUUGGACAUGGAGCUUGUGUCCAUCAAGCGACAGAUUCAAAAUAUCAAACAAACAAACAGCUCUCUGAAAGAGAAACUUGAAGGGGGAAUAGAGCAAUAUAGGUUACCAGAGGUAACACUGAAAUUUAAUGCACGCUGGACCACGGAUGAACAGCUUCUUGCGGUGCAAGCAAUCAGGAAAUAUGGUCGUGAUUUUCAAGCAAUCUCUGAUGUGAUUGGAAACAAGUCUGUGGUGCAAGUAAAAAACUUUUUUGUAAAUUAUCGGCGGCGUUUUAACAUAGACGAAGUCCUACAAGAGUGGGAGGCUGAGCAUGGGAAGGCCGAGACAAAUGGAACCGGUACCCAGAAACCUGUCAAAUCCCCGGAUAAUACUAUUAAAGUAUCUGAAGAAGAAGAUGAGGCUACUUCGGUUUUGGAUGUCAGAUAUUCAUCUGCUUCAUGAAAAACUUAGGUAGCCUAGAACAAUUUUAUGUUUUGACUACUGUGUUAUCUGAAAUAUCAGGUAUUAGCAAAACUUCGGACAGCCAUCUGCAUCAUAUCUCUGUGGACAAGCAGCUAUUACCAAAAAAGAGAGAGAGAGAAAGAGAGGACUGAUCACAAAUAAAGGCAAACACUUCUGUUCCUGUUCUGUAUUUGCCUUAACUUUCUCCUCAUUCUUCCAAACCAACCACCGAUUCAAUUUCAGCAAUUCCUGGAACAAGCUCUCGGUUUUCAACACCACCCAUUUUCAUAGCAUCAGCGACGUCUUGAACCAUCUACAUCCCUCUCUGUAAACCUUAAUUAGCCAACCUUGCUUCUCUUCAUGCUCACAAGUUACCUCCUGACAGCAGGGGCAUUUCUAAAACAUACUCUGUAGUAAGAUAUUAGUAUGCAUUUCUAUAUGCCCUUGUGUGAUUUAAACUUAUUUUACGAUAUAAUCACUGCUGAUAAGGUAACCUUUUAUUUUAUUUUAUUUUUUUAAUGAGUGAGUUUUCUGUUAAGAAAAGUAUUAUGUGUAUGCUGAUUAACCCUCUCCAAUGUGAUGUCCUCCAGAUUUGUUGGGUCUAUAACACCCACAUUUGUAGUCCCAGCAUACUUGGAGGCACACAGUGGGGAAAGCUGUGCUAGUUGGUCUGGUAGUUUAUCUGAAAUUAGGGUUAGGGAGGGGGGGAUGUGAUUUCCAGGAUAGAAAACAGACUUUUCCUGUGUGUAAUUCUGUUCUUAUAUUCAACUCCUCCUUAGAAAGCUCACUGAUACUAAUUGUGAUUUUUAUUAUUAUAGUAAUGGGCCUUUUUAUUUAGUGCAAAAGGGAAUGUGCAGUGUGUAACCUUGCUUUGAAUCUAUAUAUACAUAUACUUUGGCAUUCAGUGUACUUGCAUUAUAAUCUCUAGGUGAGUAGCAAAAUAAGUGACUUGAUUUGGAUAUCUAGGGGAUUAAGACGAAGCAGCAGCUUGUUCUAAUUUGAGGUGCUUUUAAACCGCUACAUUGGGGGCCUCAUGUCCUGUUGAGGUGCGUGGAAGCUACAUCUCAGUUUUUCGUGGUUAAUUGCUGGUCUGGAUGAGAGCUUAGUAGCAGUAAUCACAAACUCAGAAUAGAGAGCAUCAGUAUUUAAAAUGUGCGCUUGCAAGUAAUUUUCCUGUCAUACAUUUUAUUCCAUUUCUGCCCAACCCAUGGCUCUCCUCAGAUGGCUCUAGGCAUUUGGCUUUGACAGCAUGGAAGGUCCAAGGUGGCCAUUCUUCUGAAAGAUGCACAGUUGUGGUGGGGUUUUUUAAUCAGCAAGUUUGUUCUGACAAUAGAAAAUUAAGUUAGUAUUUUAAUUGGGCAUGCAGCAAUAUUUUUCCCACAUUGACUUUGGUAUCUGUUUAUCUCAAAUAUACAAAUCAGAUUAAAAUAAACUUGUAACCUCAAUUACUUUUUGAGUUCCUGAAGAGAGUGUGUGAGAUAAUCUACCCCUAGUAAGUGAUCUAACAGUUAAAGCUGCAAAAAUAAAAGUUUCCUUCACUCCCAGCUCAUUAUGUUAGGGCUUGCCUUCAUCAACUAGGAUUGACCCCACCUAGUCAAAGUUUGCAAUGACACCAGAGCAAGUGCCAGAAGAACAUUGGAAAUACAUUGGUUAAGAUGGGUGAGCCAGGUCUGGUCAUAACCAUUAAGGUAUAGCAGGAAAUCUUUCUCUGUCUGUAAGAGAAGAAGCCAUAGACAAGUCUAAGAAUCAAACAGAGAAUAAAUCCUUUGCAGGAAAUGACACCAGCUGGUCUAAUAUAGAACAGAGAAGUGGAAAAACCCUAAGAUGCAUAUGGCAAAAUGUGCCCCUUCUUCCUUAAUUAACUUAGUAAUACUGCUUUAUGUUUGUGAUAUCUGAUUCAGAUUAUCAGCUCUGGGAAAUGAUUGUGUGUGUAUUUUAAAUACCUAGCUCAUGCUUCUCCAACUUGGCAUUUGAGGAUGUGUUGAUAUUUUAGUCUUUAGUUAUGCUGGAUGAAAAUUUGGGCAACAUCUGGAGGGUGCCAGGUUGGGGAAACAAAUCUGUUCUCUUUAUGUUAAGCUGAGUGUUUGUAAAAACACUUCCAAAUGUUUUGAUAAAGAAUUGGCAUAUUUUAACCAUGUUAUAAGGUAGACUUGGGAUAGCAUCCAGUCCAUGGGGGCGGGGGUGUGUGAUUUUUUAAAAUCUAGCUACAGUAGUAGGCAGUGUGCAAUUUUAUAAAAUCAGAAAAAUAUCUAUGUAAAUAUUUUAUAUUAAAUUAGCAAAGAAAAGUAGAACAAGAUACAGCAGCUGGAAUGGACUGCCUGAAAUCUGUUAGCUAAGAGCUAAAAUGUAUUAUAAUUGCUUUAUGUGAUGUGUGUAUUGUUGGGUUGUACCAUUUUAGACUGCAGUGGAAAUUAAAUGUUCAUAAGUUCCCCCAUAUUUUUUAUAUCUUUGUACAUUGUUGCAUGUACACUUAAUACUUCAUUUUCUUAGAUACGAAUGUGUUGAACCAACUGUAAUGAUUGGGUUAACACAUCAUGCUAAGCCAUAACCUGUGGUUCACAAAUAACAACGGUUGGGUUCAUACAAUGUGCUAAAGUAAAACUAAAAAAGCCACAUUGUGGAUUGGUUAUAGUGUAUGAACCCAGCCAUGACGAUUUAGAUGAAGAUAAAUUCAGAUCAACAUUGCUUGGUGAGUAGAAGUGAGUACUUGUUCGUGAGAAGUAUGCCACUUUUGUAUGUCUGGCAGAGAUAUUGCAUUGAUAUUCAACUUGCUAAAAACCAGAGACCCACAUUUCUGAGUCUUUCUAAAUUACUGUCUUUUAAACAGUAAACAUUUAUGACAAUGUUUCCACUUUUUUUUUUUUUUUUUACAUUGAUGUGUAGGUUUCUUAAAACAAAUUUACAGUUCACUUCUUUCAUCCCUGUUCAUUUCAGUAACAUACACACAACAUUCCUUCAUCUGAAAUGUCAUUACUAACCUCUUCUAGUGACCCUAAAGCUGCUUAAUUCUACUGAGAGACAGAUGAACACUUAGCAAGGAUUCCCUUUAAUGUGGUGCUGACAGUAAGUAAUCCAUAGAAGUGGUUUUUCCCUCUUCGCCUUCUCCCAACAGCCCCAGGGAAUCUCCUGAAUAGAAUGAGAGAUGACGUGAGGAACUGGACAUAGGGGGUCACAGUAACUGAACAGAAAUAUCUCUCAUGAGCAGAAACCUCACCUGUAUACCAUCCAGAGUUUGCUAGGACAAAGGUGAACAAGGCAAAAGUUCACUAGAUAACUAGUUCCUUGAACAAAAGUGAAUUAAAUCAAAUUUUCAUUAUGACAGCGUUAACAUUUAAUCGCUGCUUCAGCCUCAAGUGGUACAAUUAAAUGAUGAAUCUAAUAAUCAUGUGGCUUAGCUCUGAAUACUAAUAUGUUGCAUUGCUCUCUUCUGUGACUCUACCGAACAAUAUGAUCAGAAAAAGAUUGGGUUUUGGCUCAUUCCCCUAUGAAAAUCGGCACAGAAUCCCUCUAUGAGGAUGAUAAAUUAUGUAUAUUUUCUCACUGUUUCAUUAUGACCAUACUGUAGAUUUUCCCCCAUUAACUGAACUAUGCUUGUAAUUGUUCCAUUAUGAAAUGGGAAAACCUAUUUAGCUUUUAGUUUAAAAAAAAAAAUCUGGUGUUUUGUAUGGGAAAAACCAGAUUUGUUGUUCAAGCAUUAUUUAAUCAAGGCUUCAUGUACUGAUUUAGAAGGGUCCACAAAGAUUGCUACAUAAUAUGUAAAACUCACAUUUUGUUUUCUUAAACUAGCAAUGUGAAUGUUAUAGUUAUAUAUAUUUUGUGGAAGAUGGAAAUUUUUAUUUCUUACUAGGUAUAAAUUAUUGUGCAUAACUAUAGUAUCACAAAGAAAAGUACUUCUUUUUAAAAAAAAACCCAGCAAAACCCUAGUUUUAGAAAUCUUAACCAAUGUAUUGUAUAUGCACCAGAAUUUUACAUUUGUUCUAUUUAAUUUUUAAAUGUAGUUGUGUAACAUGACAGUACAUUUUUCAUUUUCCCUGCCUCCCAGCUCCAUUAGAAUACCUUAUUACUUGAAUAUUAUAUCUUAACUAGUCUGAAAUGCAAUUAAACAUCUGCAAUCUAGAAUGAAGGGAAUGGAGGAAGCAAUAUAUAUGAUUCCAUACUGUAUGUAUGUAUGUAUGUAUGUAUGUAUGUAUGUAUGUAUUACAUACUAUAAUAUGGAAUGCUUUAACAACUUCUUGCAACAUUAUACAAUCAUACAUGUUCAGUAGUAGUUACAGUGGUAAUCCAGCCAUACAGGCUGUUUCUGUACAUAUUUCAGGGAUUUUUAAAUACUUUUUGUGAAGUUAACCCUCUUUUACAGCUUCCUCCAUGUAUAUAAUAAAGAUUGCAGUGAUAGUGAGGUAUUGCACCCACUGGUCCGAGGUCCUGACCUAUGUGUGAUUGUUACCCCCGUCUCCUCAUUUUCAGCAGAAGCAGUGAAAGGGACCUCUACCUAUAUAUGACUACACAACUGUGGAGUCUUCAGCAUGUUCAGGAAGUCUGCAUUAUCAAGAUUUUGGAUCAUGCUGAGCACCCUACAGGGGUACCAUUUGAUGUUGGUGAAUGCCUUUCAUGUCUUCUGCUAACCAGGCAGAAAUCAGAGCCAGUCAUGACUAUUGUGCAUGGAGGGUAACUGUGGAGAGAGAAAACAUUGGUCUCAUAUCACUCUGAAAGUAAAAUUAAGUCAGUGAAUUAAUAGUCUCUCUGGCAAGUUAUCCAUGGUUGACUGUGUGUAAUUCUCUACUUUCCCCUUCCAUUGUACAACCUCAAGUGAUUAAUUGCAAGAUACACCAACAUUACCCAGUAGAAGGUAUUUGGUUCAACUUCUAGCCAUGUAGACACAUAUGGAUUAGAAAAACAUUGCUGGAGAAAUUGCUUUGGACCAGGGAUGUUGCCUGCAUUCACCUAGGAAAAGGGCAUCGGGAGUGUCAUUUUUUAAGCUAAUCCCAGGAAAAAAAGUUCCCUCUUUUUAAAUGAAGUAGUUCUAUUGCAGCAUUGGUAGAUCAAAUUCA